AGCGCGGCCGCCAUUUCGGGGAGCGCCGAGCCGGGCGCGCGGCGCCCUCUGGUGGCCCCGCGGGCAGCGCGGAGCCGGCGGUCGGUGGCCAUGAGGUCUGUGUUCGUCACCGUGGGCACCACCAGCUUCGACGAGCUGAUCGCGACCGCCCGCUCCCCGCCGGCGCUGCAGGUGCUGCACAGCCGCGGGUACCAGAAGGUGGUGCUGCAGGUGGGCCGGGGGGCGCUGCAGCUGCCGCUGCCCCGCGGCAGCGCGGCCCUGGAGGUGGAAGCGUUCCGCUUCAAGGACUCGCUGGCGGAGGACCUGCGGAGCGCCGACCUGGUCAUCAGCCACGCAGGUGCAGGUAGCUGUCUGGAGACUCUAGAAAAAGGAAAACCACUAAUAGUAGUAAUAAACGACAAGCUGAUGAACAACCAUCAGCUUGAACUGGCCAAACAGCUCCACAGAGAUGGGUAUGUCCUCUGCUGUAACUGCAGCACUCUUGUGGAGACGCUGCAGUUGAUGGACUUGUCAACUUUGAAACCUUUUCCGCCUGGACAGCCAGAAAAGUUUGCUUUGUUCUUGGAUAAAGUUGUUGGGUUUCAACGGCGGCCGCGCGCGGAGCCGCCGCGCGCCGAGCUCGCGUCCGCCUCAGCCGGGAAGAUGCAGAAGGGCUGGAAAAAGUACUUCGGGCAGAAGUCCUUCAGCGAGGUGGCCAUGGACGAGUACCUGGGAAGUCUGGGACUCUACCGCAAGAUGACGGCCAAGGACGCCUCUUGCCUCUUCAGAGCCGUCUCGGAGCAACUGUUUUCAUCUCAAAUUCAUCAUCUGGAAGUUAGGAAAGCUUGUGUCUCCUUUAUGAGGCAGCACCAACCCAAGUUUGAAUCUUAUGUGGAAGGCUCAUUUGAGAAAUACCUAGAACGACUAGGAGAUCCAAAGGAAAGUGCUGGCCAGCUGGAAAUAAGCGCUUUAUCAAUGAUGUACAAGCGAGACUUCAUUCUGUAUCGGUACCCUGGAAAGCCACCCACAUAUGCCACAGACAAUGACUUUGAAGACAAGAUUUUACUGUGUUGUUCAGGCAACGGCCAUUAUGACUCUGUGUAUACAAAACAAUUUCAGGAGAAUGCUGCUGUUUGCCAGGCUCUAUUAUAUGAGGUCCUGUACAAAGGUGUGUUUGGCAUGGAUGAGGAAGAAUUAAGGUCUGCAGUUGAGGUGUUUCGAAGUGGAUCCAAGAAGAACAGAAACAGUGGUCGUGUAGGAAGCGAGGAUGCAAACUUCGGUUGUCUUCAUGAAAAAGUAUCCAGAAAUCCGUCAGAAAAGAGGGUGGAUGACUGGGAAUGCAAUGAUGCUGACAAUCCAGAGGAAGCUAAGUUCAAACAAGGCAUUGAAGAAGAAAAGCCUUCAGAAAAUCCUCCAAAGAUGCCUGUUCCUUAUAAAGUGCUAAAGGCACUGGACUCUGCGAUCUAUCGAAACGUGGAGUUUGAUGUUUGGCUGGACAGCAGAAAAGAGCUUCAAAAAACUGACUACAUGGUGUUUGCUGGGAGACAGUACUAUUUAGGAGACAAGUGUCAGGUGCGUCUGGAGCCGGGAGAGAGGUAUUACAAUGCUCAUAUCCAGGAAGUUGGACAGGAGGGCAACACAUUGACUGUAUUUGUUGAGGAGCUGGCAGAAAAACAUACAGUUCCUUUGGCAAACUUGAAGCCAGUGACUCAGGUGGCUCCUGUCCUUGCUUGGAACAUGGCCCACAACCGAAGGGGAGGAGCCUAUCAGAAAAUAACAGGUGGACACUUCUCAGGAAUAGAAAUGGGUAUGAAAACACGAAAGAGAAUGCUUAAGAAAGUUCGUGGAAAGGAAGUCUUUAUGACUGUGGCUUAUAGCAGGGGUCAGCCACUUCUUCCACCCCGCCUACAGCACAGUGUUCCUUCGGGGCGCUCUCCUCCAGUUCACUGCUCACAGGGUGCUGCAAACAUGGCACCUUACAAACCCUAUCAUCAGCAGAACCCUCAGAGACAUCACCGUGGAUUUGGGAUGCUGAGCUCGUACAGCCGGAGCCGCCGUCGGAUGCAGUGUGAGAAUAAGGAGUGUCAGGAUGGGUUUCUGGCAGGGCAUGGAGAGGAGCCUCAAGGGCCAGAAGAAACUGUGACUUUCUAUGAGAUUGAAGGAGAGAAUGACGCUGCUUUUCCUACCUUGCCAUUUGCUUUUCAGAACCAGAGUAGUCCUGCUCCCACUGUCCAUAGUCCAGCAGGAUUUUGGGUAGCAAGGAGAAACCAGAACUCUGUUUCACCUAACAAGCAGACCCUGAAUUCCUCAGAGGAGGAGGAAGCAAUAAGUGAAAAUGCUUCCUGUUCUAUCUCCCUUGUAGGAAAAUUUCAUGAAGAAUAUAUCUAUGCACCUCCAGAUCCUGACUGUGAAACUGCAACAGUAUUUAGUUCAGCAGAACCUACAGCAAACUUGGUGUUGGUGAACUCUGCAGGAGUUUCAGCCUCCACAGAUGUUUAUACUGCUCCAGCUACAGGCCUCUCUUCAAAUUCUGCUGCCUCCACUCCAGCCAGUGUCACCACAGCAACUCCCCCCCAAACAGCAGUUCAACCUGUCAUAGUAUCUCCCUUUUCUGUGGGGAGGCCAGCAGUUUCUUCGGUGCCAUUCCCAACUUACUCAGCUCCUCUUCCUCCAGUGAGUGAAGUGGGAGAAGCAGGUGCUGUUCUUCCAGCUUACUCUUGUGAUCCCAGUGGCAGUGAUCUGCCUCGAGAUACAAAGGUCUUGCGGUAUUACUUUAACCUGGGAUUGCAAUAUUGCCAUCAGAGCUAUUGGCCUUCCAUGGUGUAUGUACAGCCAGUGCUGCCUCCAUCUUCAGUAGAAGUUUAUCCAGCAUAUGCUGAGCCAGCUCCUGCCUUAGAUCAGUCAGUACCUCAGGUCUUCACUGAUGCUCGGCAGACUGAAGUCCAGGUUCCCUUGGAAGCACCAGCAAAUGGUAACUUUCCAAAUGCAGAGCCUCCACCCCCCUCCUAUGGACCAGUGUAUUACCCAGUUGUGUCGGACCCCUUCAGCCAGCAGUCUCUGCCUGGGUUUGACACUGUGGUACCUGCCUAUCACUAUAUUAGUACCUGGCACCCAGUAAAUCCUGCACAUGGAAGUUCACCACAAAUGGCCAACGCUGUGAGUUCAGGACCACCACACCAAAUCAGCUAUAUUGCCUCACCUAACCCUGUGCCUUAUGACAUGCCUCAAGGAAUGUAAAUCUGGGAGCUGGAAACUCAUUCUUGGUUUCUCGUUUCUUGUUUGUCAACUAUUGUUAAUAUAUUUUUGUAAAUGUUGUCCUGUCUUAGGGGGCUGAGUCAGUUGAUCAAGCUGCAUUCAUAUUUCAUGUUUCUCUUUAGGUUUAUGCUCCUAGUUGACAAGAUGUUGUUUUAGUUGAUUAGGGAAGCAUAGGAAAAAGGUACACACAACCUAUAAUGCAGGGAACACAACCUGAAUGUGGCUGCAUAAAGUAUGUGGAAAAAAGCCCUGUCACUAAAGGCAUGUGUCUCUGAGAGGUUGCACUGAACACUUGAACACCUGGUUCUUGUUGAAACACUGAAAUAGGCUGCCACUACAACUAUAGAUAAAAAUUGGGCAUAGAGUCAUUAGAGGGUGAAAAUGUUUAAAAUAAGUUGGCUUUCUCAGAUUUUGCAAAACAAAGCUGCUUUGCCGCUAGUGGUCACAUAUUUAUCAUAGCUGCAUUUCUGUCUGCCUUCAUAGUGCAUAGAUUUCAUGACUGGAAAUACAAGAAUAACGUUUUGAUCUGUUGUAUAUUUGUAAGAUUUGUUUUGUGAAAGCUGUUGCACAUAUGGUGAUAGUCUUUGGUGGUUAAUUUGCACUGACAGCACAAAAUAAAAGCAUUGAAC